UGUUGCUUUAAAUCCGAAAUCCCGUGCCGGUAUCAACUCUCGCGAUCUCCGAGGCCGCAUACAUAUGACCCACAAUUCCCUUUCCUUUCUCUCUCCUCCCGCCGCCCAAGAUGCCGAAAGGAAAGAAGGCCAAGGGAAAGAAGGUGGCUCCGGCCCCUGCUGUCGUGAAGAAGCAGGAGGCUAAGAAAGUGGUGAAUCCCCUGUUUGAGAAAAGGCCUAAGAAUUUUGGCAUUGGACAGGACAUCCAGCCCAAAAGAGACCUCACCCGCUUUGUGAAAUGGCCCCGCUAUAUCAGGUUGCAGCGGCAGAGAGCCAUCCUCUAUAAGCGGCUGAAAGUGCCUCCUGCGAUUAACCAGUUCACCCAGGCCCUGGACCGCCAAACAGCUACUCAGCUGCUUAAGCUGGCCCACAAGUACAGACCAGAGACAAAGCAAGAGAAGAAGCAGAGACUGUUGGCCCGGGCCGAGAAGAAAGCUGCUGGCAAAGGGGACGUCCCCACGAAGAGACCACCUGUCCUUCGAGCAGGAGUUAACACCGUCACCACGCUGGUGGAGAACAAGAAAGCUCAGCUGGUGGUGAUUGCACACGACGUGGAUCCCAUUGAGCUGGUUGUCUUCUUGCCUGCCCUGUGUCGUAAAAUGGGGGUCCCUUACUGCAUUAUCAAGGGGAAGGCAAGACUGGGACGUCUAGUCCACAGGAAGACCUGCACCACUGUCGCCUUCACACAGGUGAACUCGGAAGACAAAGGCGCUUUGGCUAAGCUGGUGGAAGCUAUCAGGACCAAUUACAACGACAGAUACGAUGAGAUCCGCCGUCACUGGGGCGGCAACGUCCUGGGUCCUAAGUCUGUGGCUCGUAUUGCCAAGCUCGAAAAGGCAAAGGCUAAAGAACUUGCCACUAAACUGGGUUAAUUGUAUGCUGUUGAGUUUUCUGUACAUAAAAAUAAUUAAAAUACAAAUUUUCCUUCA